UGAUUUGGGCUUCCUGUGUAUUUCUAUGUAACCGUCCCUCAUUAGGAAUCUCUUGUUCAUCACGCAGCUUCGAGGAAGAAAAACAAAAUAUUUCACAAUCAAAACGGCCAAAAAACUACAAAAAAUAUAAGCUCCAACUUCGAGGUUAUGUCCAACGAGAGGGACACUAAUUCCAUAAGUCCAGAAGAGGAAGCUCGAAACAACGAAAUAUCCGAUAUGCCUAGAGUAGCCGCUCCAGUUUUUGGGACGAACUGUCGUGCUUACUUGACUGUUGCAGUACUUGUUCUCAUCAAUCUGCUCAACUAUAUGGACAGGUUUACCAUUGCAGGUAUCCUUAUUCAAAUACAAAAAUAUUUCCACAAACAAGAUGACAACUCUUUGACAGGACUGCUACAGACCUCCUUUAUCUGUAGUUACAUGAUAGUUGCACCGGUUUUUGGUUACCUUGGUGACAGGCUUAAGAGGAAGUACUUGAUGGCUGUUGGUGUAUUGGUUUGGUCACUAGUCGUCUAUUCCAGUACUCUUCUAAGUGACAAUCAUUUUUGGUGGUUUUUAGUUCUAAGAGGUGUAGUUGGUAUUGGUGAAGCCAGUUAUUCUACCAUAGCACCAACAGUCAUAGCAGAUCUGUUUACAGGAGACAUGAGGACAAGAAUGCUUUCUAUAUUUUACUUUGCUAUACCUGUUGGCAGUGGUCUUGGUUAUAUAGUGGGAUCUGUAGUAGCAGCUGCAUUUGAUGAGUGGCAGUGGGGGUUAAGGAUUACUCCAAUGCUUGGUUCUGUUUGCUUUCUUUUAUUGUUGUUUGUUGUUCAUGAACCACCAAGAGGAGCGAUAGAGAAGGGUGUCAAUCCAAAUCUAGUGUCUGCAUCAAAUGUUCAUGUGAAUACUAGUUACUGGCAGGAUUUGAAGUAUAUUUUCCAAGUAAAGAGCUUCAUUUGGCUUUGUGUAGGCUUCACCUGUGUGACAUUCGUAACAGGAGCUCUGGCAUUCUGGGCACCAAAGUUUCUGUUUUACGCAUCACAAGUACAAGGAAUGAAGGAAACAAAAGAAAAAGUUAGCUUCACAUUUGGCAUCAUAACAUGCGUUGCUGGAAUUGUUGGUGUAUGGUUAGGAGCAGAAAUUGCUCGCCGAUGGAGAUCUACCAACAAAAAAGCUGAUGCCCUCGUGUGUGCUAUAGGCCUGGUUGCCUGCACUCCAUUUUUAUACACAGCUCUUGUGCUAGCUCAUACACAUGUUUACAUCGCAUAUACAGCUAUUUUCAUUGGAGAAGUUCUGCUGUGCAUGAACUGGGCACCAGUAGGAGAUAUGGUUUUGUACAUUAUAGUUUCUUCUCGUCGAUCCAGUGCUGAAGCAGUGCAGAUAUUGGUGUCUCACUUAUUUGGUGACGCAGGAAGUCCAUGGCUUAUUGGACAGAUUUCUGAUGCAAUAAGAGGUAAUAACUCUUCGGUGGCUGAUCGCCAAACAAGCAUGGAAUAUUCAUUAUUAAUCACCACAUUUAUUUGUGUCCUUGGGGGGUUGGCCUUCAUCUUAUGUGCAUUUUACCUGGAAAAAGAUCAUAACGAAGCGGACAAGUCAAACCAAACUGAUGACACAACCUCACUUAUGAACUCUGUAUCUGGAGAUCAAAAUGAAGAUGAUGACGAAUUGAUUGAUGAUGAUGAUGAACUGCUUAUAAGGGAUCCAAGUGUAUCAACUAUCUCUAGCGAUGAACAUCUUACUAUUCCCGUACAUGUACACAAUAAUGUUUCUAAACCAGAUGUAGUGCCAGAUAAUGUACCCCAGCUAGUCUAGAUAUUUCAUAGGCUUUUUUCUGAGUUUGAUAAAUGUGAUGCAUUCUGGUGUAGGUUGGGUACAAAAAGCAUCAUACAAGGCAUGAUGAAAAAGGAUAAUUUUGUUCCCAAGAUGGCUCCAGAAUGCAUCAUGUUUGCUAUGUCAGUGUAUUUCUAAGCUGAUAACAAGGUAUACGACCCAAGACUGGUCUUACAAGUCCCGGCUUAAGUAUACACCUAUAUUGAAAUAAGUCAUUAGAGCCAAAGGAUAUUACCAAUAGCUCAUUCCAAGAUAGAAAAGAAUGUUAUGGGCAUCAAACUAAACAUGAAUUAUCUAGGCCUUUGUCUGGAUAUCUCAACACUAACUUGUGUUCUUGAUGAAAAUAAUAAUAAAAAAAGUCAUUUCUGCCAUUUCCUGUUAUGUAAUAUUUCCGUCGGCUUUGACAACCUUUCUUUAAAUAGGUGUAUACAGCGUUUAUAUGUUAUCAGCCAAUAAAUUACUAAUAUAAGAUACUAAAUUCACAACCUGUCCAGUCAAGAACCAGUUUUCCUUAAUAGGAACUCUUGGUGUCAUUAUGCAAAACUAAGAGCUUACUGUACAUGAUAAGGUCCUCCUCAUUACAUUGUUUUUAUUAUAAAGAAUACUUAUAAGGAUGAGAGCUUUGGUAUAAAAUUAUAUGAAGUGCUCAUCCUCAUUAGUAUUAUUUUAUAAGAUAUAUAUAAGAAAUAUAACACUUUCAGCUACAUGUACAGUAUGCCUUGUGUUCCUAAGCUUGCAUCUCUUGUGCUCUGCAGCUCCCAGCGUGUUUAUAUUUCUUUAUAAGAACACUAAUAAAGAGGACUUUAUCAGGUUUAAAGGUCCAUGCACAUGACCUGUGUGAUUGCUCCAAUUAGUUCAAAGGCUCAUUUAAUUAUUCAUGCAUUUUUGAAUUAAGAUUUAAGGAUGAAAAUUAACUUGAAAGUUAUGAGGAAAGUUGUAUAUAAGAAACAAAUUGAAGUGAUAUCUAUUUCAUGUGGUCAAAACAUUUAUGAUCAAAAGUUAUGCACAAAAAGUCAACAAUAAUUGAAAUGAAAAUCAAUAGAAUUUCAAAUAAUAUAUAGAAAUAAUUAUAAUAAUUGACUUUAUGUUAGAGAGCAUGACACAUGACAGUUGCAACACCUUCUACUCAGAUUCAUUAUCUUAAGUGCUGGUCUGGCCGGCAGCUUGAACCCAUGCCCUACUGCACAAUAUGCUGAUGCCAAACUUACUUAGCCAACCAGGAUGUGACCAAAAUAUGAGUUAGUUUCAUUACAUUCUGGCAACUUUGUCCCCUUCAACUAAACAGUAGACUGUUGUUGAAUGCAUAAAAUAAUGCUGUAAUUUCUUACAGUGAGACCAGGGACACUUAGACUGUGAGAAGCAACCAAAUUGUAGAAUAAAAACAAUACAUUCCAACUUUGGGCAAAGGAGCCAAUCAGGAAGCAGCAGAGAACAAUAGCCUUUCAACAUUUUUUUAUUCCCAGGAGAAAAUGACAAUGGCUAUCCAUAGUUAUUUACAUGUAACAUCAGGGUCAAAUUCUCAUGCAGUCUAGGUUAUUGAUUGGAUCCAUUACCCAAAGUUGGUAAUUGGUUCUCUUGUCUAAGUGGCCCUUACCUUCAAUAUGCUUUCUUGUAUAAAGGCUAAAUCUUUGAUCAAAAUGUUUUUAUUAUUUUUUUACUUAAUUUGAAAUUUAAGUUUGCAUUUUUUCUCUUUCAUUUGGUUCUGUUGUUUUUCUAAAUGCCUUACAUAUAAUUUCACAAGCAAAAAUGCUCAUUCAACUAUCUAAAAUAAAAUAUUAAAUGUA